CACGCAUGCGCAGUAAUGUUGGACUCCGUGUACGCAUGCGCAGUGCGGUCCAUAACGCACUGACUCACGGCUAGUUACGCAGCUACGAAAACAUUACGAGGCCGCGCAGAGCAGCAACGACACAGCCGAGUGACAGCGCACAAAACCGACCCAGGAGUUGACUCUGUAUCUAAACAGUGGGAAGAUGAAUGUGUUCGACCGUAACAUCAACUUCGAAGCCCUUUGGAAGUUUUCCCAGAUUUCCCGCUCCACCCAGCAGCACCUGAAGAAUGUGUACGCCAGUUUGUCCUUGUGCAUGCUCGUGGCAGCAGCCGGAGCGUACGUCCACGUCGUCACACGCCUCUUUCAGGGUGGGCUACUGUCUGUGUUGGGUUCACUGGCGAUGAUGAUGUGGCUCUCUAUGACUCCACACAGCCCUGAGACGGAGAAGAAGAGACUUGCUAUUCUGUCUGCGUUCGCCUUCCUCACAGGUGUGGGACUCGGACCUGCCAUGGAUUAUGUCAUCAGCAUCAACCCGAGCAUCAUCGUUACAGCAUUUCUCAGCACCUCGGUCAUUUUCGUCUGUUUCACUCUGAGUGCUCUUUACGCUCAGCGCAGGAGUUACCUGUUCCUUGGAGGUACUCUGAUGUCUGGCCUGUCCAUCCUGCUCCUGGUUUCUGUCCUCAACAUGUUCAUCGGCUCCAUGGCGCUCUUUAAGGCUCACAUGUACAUCGCUCUGGUCAUCAUGUGUGGAUUUGUGCUGUUCGACACUCAGCUGAUCAUCGAGAAAGCAGAGAUGGGAGAUAAAGACUACAUCUGGCAUUGUGUGGAUCUGUUCCUGGACUUUGUGACCAUCUUCAGAAAGCUCAUGGUCCUGCUGGCUAUGAAUGAGAAGGAUAAAAAGAAAGAGAAGAAAUAAACACUCAUUGGCCAAAAAAAUGAAAGAAUCUGUGAUCUGCAACUUUUGCCUCACAAAUUGACCCAACAGCUUAAUUACAAAAUGAAUUCUUCAGAUUUUCUACUCCAGUGUCUUAAUUUUAUUUUAGUUAUUGAAAGUGAUGAUGUUUAGGUUGUGCAGUAACCCUGAUAAAGUUAACAUGCUGGUCCCUAUGACCAUGAUCUGUUAUUAUUAUUAUUAUUAUUGGUCUACUAAUAAAUGAGUUCAUUUUUAAAACCUUUUCUUUAAACACUUACAUGUGAUGGUGGACACAAAGCUGAAUAAACACACAGUAGAUGAAUUGUUUUUGUACAUAGUUAUAACCAGACUUUAUAAUUACACACUUAUCCCUUCUACAGCGUUUCCUUUCUCACACACACACUUAAGUUAGAACCUGAGAACUACGGUAUGUGUGUGUGUGUGUGUGUGUGUCUCUUCCCUGCCAAUCUGAAGGUGUAGUUUCUCUUGUUUUACAUUUAAUUGUAUUAUUUGUAUCUGCUGUAAAUGCCAAUAGUGUAAUAAUAAUAAUGAGUUAUUUGAAUAUUUUGAGGGUCAUUACAGAUCACAUGGAGUGAAGAUGUAGCUACUGAUCAGGGUUUAUAUUAGUCAUUUAUUCAGGAAGAAUUAAAAUAGUAAAGAAACAGUUUGAUUGAGUUUCUCUAAUGAUCCCUUGUUACUGCCGACACUGCCAUAUUUUCACUAAAAGAAUAAACUGUGACUGAAUGUA